AUGAAGAAGUCCGUGAGAGGAAGGAAAGUUCGUAUUAUUGUCAGUGACCCUUAUGCUACUGAUGACUCCUCUAGCGACGAAUGGUUCGAGUGUAAGCCUCCUAAGGUGAAGCGCAUUGUCCAUGAGAUUAACCUCCCCUUUCUGCUCUCUGAGAGUUCUCAGUAUCACAAAAACUCUAGACGUAUGCAAGUUAACAAGCCAGUGGGAGUUAGGCUGAGGCAAUCAGGCAAAUGGGCUGCUGAGAUUAGAAACCCACUUACCAAAACUAAGGUGUGGUUGGGUACUUAUGCAACCCUUGAAGAAGCUGGGAAGGCUUAUGCUGACAAGAAGGUUGAGUUUGAUGCGUCGGUUGCGUCAGCGAACAGCCAGUGCUUGCGUUCUGCUGCUUCUAAAGAAAAGGUGUCUCUGAGGAAAGAUGUUGCUGCUUCUGGUGAUUUGACCAAGGAAGGUUUCGACCUUUCUGAGCUGGAGAUCCCUGAUCUGAGCUUCUUAGCAGCAGAAGAGAAGUCUGGCGCAAAGGCUGCUGGGGAGAUGGACUUUGAUUAUUUUUUCAAGGACGAGGACUAUGAUCAUCUGUUUGAUGAUUUCUCUGUGGUUGAUAAUGUUAAUAACGUCAGCUUACCAAGUGAGCUACCUGACUGUGACUUCACAGAUGUGGAACUUGAGCAUGAUGAUAUGAAGUUUGCCUUUGCAGCGCCUCCUCUCAACAUCGCUUGCCCCUGAAGUUUUUCAGCUUAUCUGAUUCACUGUAUUCCAAUAAUUAGUCGUUUCGUUUAAGGUUUAGUUUGCUAUUUCAAAAGAACAUGAAUAAGAAUGUAGCAUGUGUAAUCUCCUUGUGCUUUUAGAUCCUUCUAAAGAGGGUUUUUGCAGGAGUUUUGGAUGUUGGCUUUACCUUCUUCAGUCUCUUAUGUUAAAUCUGUGAUGCAUUAUGUGUA